GUUACUUAGCAACGUUCUUACAAAACAGUGCCACUCUUAAAUGUCAAGCUGACUGAUUUGUACAGGCAUAGUCAGCUGAUGUGAGACUAUAGUUUUUGUAGUGGUGUCAUCAUUAUUCACGUUAUUUUUUUUAUAAUCUUUGAAGAGAUCAGUACAUCAAAGAUUAAUAUAUCAUAAAUUUUUUAACGACUUUUUUGAUAUCGACAAAAAUGGGUCCCAAGAAAGCAAGGGGGAAAGCGAUGGAUACUGUCGAGGGAGUAGACACAACAAAAAUGAAUAGGGAGCAAUUGGAGAUAUAUGCCCAUAAGAUAUUGGAAGAGAUGGAACGUGAACGGGAGGAAAGAAACUUUUUUCAACUAGAGAGAGACAAAUUGCGAACUUUUUGGGAAAUUACGAGACGUCAGUUGGAUGAAGCGCGUGCUGUAGUCAGAAAUAAAGAACGUGAGAAAGAGGAAUUGGCAGAGAAUCACGAAGCCGAACUCAAAUUAUACAAACAGAAAGUGAAACACCUAAUGUAUGAACACCAGACCAAUUUGUCGGAAACCAAAGCCGAUCAUUUGGUCGCUCUUAAAUUGGCACAAGACGAUCAUGUUGUGCAAGAAAAUGAGCUCAUUAAAGACAAGACAGAGUUAAAAAAAACGCAGAAAGAACAAGAAUCAGCGUACAUGAAUGAAAUUCGCGCAUUAAAAUUGCAUAAUUCGGAGGAAAUGAAUAAUAUGAUGAAGAAAUUUGAGUCUGAAGCGACAGAAUUGGAGCAAAAGUACGAACAAAAAUUAACCAGCCAAUAUGAGUCCUUAAUAUUGAAGCAUCGCAUGGAAGUAACUGAAGUGGAGGAGAGGAAGAACGCGCAAAUCGCGAAUCUGAUCAAGAAUCACGAAAAUGCGUUUACCGAAAUGAAAAAUUAUUACAAUGAUAUCACUCUGAAUAACUUAUCGUUAAUUAAGAGUAUGAAGGAACAAAUGGAAGUGAUGAGAAAUAAUGAGGAACGUAUGAAGAAGCAAGUACGGGAAUUAGCAGCGGAGAAUAAAAAAUAUUCGACUGAUUUGAAAGCUUCCCAGGAAACGGUUACUGAACUUAAUCGUCAACUUGCAAAUUACGAGAAAGACAAACAAUGUUUGGUUAAUACAAAACGGAGAUUGUCCGUAGUGGCAAAGGACCUAGAAAAUUUAAAAUGGGAGAAUGAAGUUCUCGAGCUGCGUUUUGAAAAAUGUCAAUCCGAGAGAGAUGAGUUACAUUCUAGAUUUGUCUCGGCUAUAUUCGAACUGCAACAAAAAACGGGUUUAAAGAAUGUACUCUUGGAAAAAAAAUUAGAAAAGUUGUCGGACUUAUUGGAGCAACGUGAAGCGCAGAUUAGCGAAGUAUUAGUUGCUGCUCAACUGGAUCCUACGGCGGUGAUUAACGUGAAUAAAAAAUUAGAGGAUAUGCUUAAUAGAAAAAAUACUGCAAUACAAGAUCUACAAUAUGAAUUAGCAAAAGUGUGUAAAGCUCACGACGAUUUGUUAGCGGCUUAUGAAAGUAAACUGCAAGAAUACGGAAUUCCUAAGGCUGAACUUGGAUUUCAGCCUCUGAGGAUGAAGAUAGCCGGUGCGAAAUUAGGUUUAGGUCCAGCUGGUCUCGUUACUGCAAAUCAGUAGUACAUUUUAUAAAUUUUUUUACAUAUAAUCGAUUUAUGAAAAGUUUAUAUACCUUGUCUGAGAAAUUCGUGUCAACAAGUGACAUAUUUUAUCGCUAUUUUUUUACACAUUUUAAUGAAAGGGAUAAUAAUAAGUUUUUAGUAAACUGUACAACAUUUGAUAUAUGUUUAGUAGGAUAUUUGAUAUAAUUAAUACAUGUAAUUAAUCUAACGAUACUUUCUAAAAAGCGAUAUAACUGAAAAAAACCUGAAAUGUUUUUGAUCAAGAUCGAUACAUAGAAUUAAUUUUGACACAGAGUAUUUUUAUUCUGUAAAACAAAUACAUUUUUAUAGCUUAUGCGUUAUGUUCUCAAAAAUUACAUAAAAUUAUCACAGAGAAUGUACAGAAUAGAUCGUAUCGAUGCCUGAAAGUUGUAUAGUCUCAGUAAUUAUUCAACAUAUUUAUGUUUUUGCCUCUAAUCGUAUUUCUCAUCGCAAUUAACGUUGGCAAUAAAAAGUCUGAUAUCGUGUACGAUUAAUACAUUUUCGUGAUUAAAUUGCAUAACUCUCUGCGCUCCAACAUCUUAUCAGAUAUCCAACAACUGGCAGGCACAAAUACAUUGAAGAUACAUUAAUAUAUAAAUAUUAACAUAUACAUAGAUAUUAGACACUGACUAGUUCUCUAACUUGUAAAACACUGUAAGUCAAAUACAUCAGGUCACAUGGUUAAUAAAUUUCAAACACUAGUUUUAUAUGUAAAA